CAUGCCCUAAAUUUAAACUGGCAAAUAAAAACUUAGAUCAGUUGAAAAGUGUAUUCAGUAUUUAGUGGAUUAUUCAAAUAAAUUCAGAACGAGUUAAGUAGAUACAUAUAAUUAUAUUAAUCCUAUCAAAUUGAUAUUUUGUGUAUAUAUAUAAGAUACACAUAAACUUUUUUGUCGAACUUAAACUAAUCAAAGGAAACCCGUAACUAUUGUAAAAAAGAAACGAGCAAAAAUUUAAGAAUGGAAGAUAUAAAUGAAAUUAUGGAAAAGUGUCAAGAUAAAUCUUCGCAACAGAGUCAAGAUGAGAUUCUUUUGCAACCUUUUGCGUAUAUACAACAGAUUCCGGGUAAACAAAUACGCUGUAUGUUAGCUUUGGCCUUCAAUCAUUGGUUAAACAUACCAAUGGAAAAACUAAAUUCCAUAAAUGAAAUUGUACAAAUGCUCCAUAAUUCUAGUCUAUUAAUUGAUGAUAUAGAAGAUAAUUCGAUACUUCGUAGAGGAAUACCAGUAGCUCAUUCAAUUUAUGGGGUUGCCAGUACAAUAAAUGCAGCUAAUUACGUGUUCUUUCAAGCUUUAGAAAAAGUACAAAUGUUAGAGCAUCCUGAGGCUACUAAAGUUUAUACAGAACAAUUAUUAGAAUUACAUAGAGGACAAGGUAUGGAGAUUUACUGGCGUGAUAAUUUUACAUGCCCUUCAGAAUCUGACUACAAAUUGAUGACGGUUAGGAAGACUGGAGGAUUAUUUAUGUUGGCUAUACGUUUAAUGCAAUUAUUUAGUAAUAAUAAAGAUGAUUUUACCAAAUUAAGCGCUAUUAUGGGCUUAUAUUUUCAAAUUAGAGAUGAUUACUCAAAUUUAAGCUCAAAGGAGUAUUUUGAAAAUAAAAGCUUCUGUGAAGAUUUAACUGAGGGAAAAUUCAGUUUUCCAAUAAUACAUGCCAUACGUCAUCAAAAAAACGAUAAGCAAGUUUUACAUAUUUUGAGACAGCGUACGAAUGAUAUUGAAGUGAAAAAAUACUGCAUCAAUUUGUUGGAAAAAUUAGGAAGUUUCGAAUAUACACGUAAAGAACUAUUGAAAUUAGACCGUCUCGCUAGGGAAGAGGCGGAACGCCAUGGCCCAAAUCCUAUAAUGGAAAAUCUUUUAAAAGAAAUUGGGAAAGGAUGGAAAACUGAAGAAGAAGAAAAUUGUGAUGAAAAUUAAAUCAAUAAUGGAAAAUAAUCACCUCUUAAGACCAAAGAUUUGUUUUGGUUAUGUUAUUUUUGACAUUCUUUGAACGAGUAAUGACUAUGCAAAAAAUAAAAAUUAUUCCUUUUAUUAAUUAUUGUAUAUUAAAACUUAAUUAUUGUGUAUUAAAGCUUAUGUAUUUAAAUUAAGAAAGUUCAUAUAUUGCAUGUUUCGUCCUAAAGAUAA